UGCUGUAACAAAGUUACCACAAACUGGAGGGCUUGUAGAACAGAAAUGUAUCAUGGUUCUGGAGUCUAGAAGUCUGAGAUCAAGGUGUCAGCAGGGUAGGCUCCCUCUAAGGGAGAAUCUGUUUGUGCCUGUGUCCCAGCUUCUGGUGCCUUGCUGGCAGUCUUUGGCGUUCCUUGGCUUCUGCUCCAUCAUGCCGAUCUCCACCACCAUUCAUUCCCUCACCUCUUCACGGUCACCUAUGUUCUAUCAGGCCCUCAUUCCGAGCCUACGCAGACCCCAGCUGCUGAUUCUUGUGUGAUGCUCUAACCCUCAAGAGACUGAGGGGUUUAAUACCUGGAUUCUCACCCACACCUUGCUCAGCACUCCCGUGAGCUAAAAGCAAAGAAAGGAAGAACAACUGCUCCCCCAAAACCUGCCUUGUGCUGGCCUGGGCUGCUGUCAGCAGCUGUGUGCCCAACCCGGUGCUGUGAGGUGGGGUGGGGAGUGGCACACAUGCACACCCACACACUGACCAAUAGCAGGGGGCUAUGUACACAUGCACAAUUUCUGGACAAAGAAGGGCAUUUUCAAGUCACCAUGGGACUGUAAAUUGCUGCACCUGGGUGUCUCCUUCAGUAGAACAGACGUUGGAUUAGGCAGUCUCUUCCAGCUCUGGCUUCCUCUCAGACUGAGAUUGCAGAAUUCUGAGAAACUGAAGCCCUGCCCAUUGGGGAAGUGUAUGAUUCUGGAGCUCAGCAAAUGGGCCUGGGGCCAUUAUGGAGGGCUUUCUGGAUAGGACAUGGGUAGGGGAAGAGGAGGAAGAGUGGAUGCUCCAGGAAGGCCAAAUAGCACUAGAAAGACUUGGAGGCAGGCUUAGGGAACAGAGAUUGAGGUAAACAAUGGUGAGUAGAGGCGCUCCUCCAGGUCUCGGCUAAAGAGAAUCCAUCUCUCCUCCUCUCUGCCACCUGCCAUGUCAGCUCCAUGCAGGGCAGGAACCCAGAGAUGAUUACAGCCAGCCCCUGCCUGAGCUCUAGACUCCUGUACUCAGCUGGCCACUCAGUAUUUCCACUUGCAUGUCCAAGGCCAGACUCUUCAUGUCCAUUCAUACCUGGAUCACCACCACCAACCCCGCUCCCCCACCUCCUCCAUCACAGGUAAUGUCAACUCUGCCCUUUCAGCUGCCCAGGCCAAUACCCUCUCUCACCCCCCACAUCCAGGCUGCCAGCAGAUUCUCCUGAUUCCACUUUCAAAACACAUUCAGAACUCACUCACUUCUCACCAUCUCCACUGCUGCCAUCCUGGUCUGUGCCACCACUGUUGCCAACCUGGACUGUUGCAGAAGCCUCACUAGUCCCCCUGCUUUUGCCUUUCUAGAACCUGUCCCUCUCACACCCCUCCACUCCCAGACAUGCUCAAGUCACUGGGGUAAAAUAAUACUACCAAAAAAGUCAAGAGACCAGCCCCAGUGGGACUGGCAAAAGUCGUGUGGCUUGUGCAGGGUUCAGGGAAGACCAAAGGACCAAAGCUUGGACACAAGCCUCAAGUGGUGGGGGGAAAGAGCUGAGACCUGCCCUGAGGCCCCCAAAACCACUUGGAGUCCCCCACCGUCCUUAUGAGGACACAUCCACACCAGGGCUGUGCCAGUGCAUGCAGGCGAGAUGUGUGCCAGACCCAUGUAUGGUGAAUGUCUGCACAUGGGGCAUGAGCAGAAACACAUAUGCCUGUGUUCCCUGCACCAAUGUGUGUGUGCAUGCACACAUGAUCAGAGCUGGGGUCCAGUGUAGGCCCUUUGGGACAUGCCCCAGACACUGCCUGCCGUGACCAGAGUGGGUGUCCACGUGGUUCAGGUGGUUGAGUAUUUCCCACACACCCCCAGCACAAAUGUAACUCCUUCCCUUCUGUGUCCCCACAGCCUGUCCUGGGACAAGAACCCAAUGCCCAACCCCAGGCCAACCAAGCCCUCGGCCCCUUCCUUGGUGCUCGACCCAUCCCCAGGAAUCUCACCCAACUGGAGGGCUGCACCCAAAGCCUCAGACCUGCUGGGGGCCAAAGGCCUGGGAGCAACCUUCCAGGGUCGGGACCUCCGAGGUGGGGCCCAUGCCUCUUCCUCCACCUCCUUGAACCCCAUGCCAACAUCGCAACUGCAGCUGCCCACAGUGCCCCUAGUCAUGGUGGCACCCUCCGGGGCACGGCUGGGCUCCUCGCCCCACUUGCAGGCACUCCUCCAGGACAGGCCACACUUCAUGCACCAGCUCUCAACAGUGGAUGCCCAUGCCCGGACUCCCAUGCUGCAGGUGCGCCCAUUGGACAGCCCAGCUAUGAUCAGCCUCCCGCCACCCGCCACUGCCACUGGAGUCUUCUCCCUCAAGGCUCAGCCUGGCCUGCCACCUGGGAUCAAUGUGGCCAGCCUGGAGUGGGUAUCCAGGGAGCCAGCACUGCUCUGCACCUUUCCGAGCCCCAGCGCACCCAGGAAAGACAGCACCUUUUCGACUGUGCCCCAGAGCUCCUAUUCACUGCUGGCAAAUGGUGUCUGCAAGUGGCCUGGAUGUGAGAAGGUCUUUGAGGAGCCAGAGGACUUCCUCAAGCACUGCCAGGUGGACCAUCUGCUGGAUGAGAAGGGCAGAGCGCAAUGUCUCCUCCAGAGGGAGGUAGUGCAGUCUCUAGAGCAGCAGCUGCUGCUAGAGAAGGAGAAGCUGAGCGCUAUGCAGGCCCACCUGGCUGGGAAGAUGGCCCUGACUACGGCUCCAUCCACGGCAUCAUCUGACAAGGGCUCCUGCUACACUGGAUCAGCAGGCACCCCAAGCACAGCCCCCAUACCAGGCUGGCCCAGCCCCCAGGCCUCUGAUAGCCUGUUUGCUGUGCGGAGGCACCUCUGGGGCAGCCAUGGAAACAGCACAUUCCCAGAGUUCUUCCACAACAUGGACUACUUCAAGUUCCACAACAUGCGGCCCCCUUUCACCUAUGCCACCCUCAUCCGCUGGGCCAUCCUGGAGGCUCCUGAGAAGCAGCGGACACUCAAUGAGAUCUACCACUGGUUCACACGCAUGUUUGCCUUCUUCAGAAACCAUCCUGCCACCUGGAAGAACGCCAUCCGCCACAACCUGAGCCUGCACAAGUGCUUCGUGCGAGUGGAGAGUGAGAAGGGGGCUGUGUGGACCGUGGACGAGUUCGAGUUCCGCAAGAAGAGAAGCCAGAGGCCCAGCAGGUGUUCCAACCCCACACCAGGCUCCUGA